AUGUUGCCCUCUUGCAGGUCAGCACCAAGACAGGCAACCAUCUGGGACUACAUAAACGAUGGCAGAAGCUCCACCACCACUCAAAGCACCACCUCGUGCUGGAGCUCUGGCAGUGUCCGCCGGCAAUCGCACAGCUCCUGUGAUACGCUGGAAAGGCCUGCAAAAGACCACACCCUGCUAGGGUUGCCAAACAUCGGCAACUCCUGCUAUUUGAACGCCACACUGCAGUGCCUUUUUGGGCUGCAGCAGUUUGUUGGCGAGCUCAGGAGGCGGGAUGACUGUAGGCCAGACCUGAGAGGACAUCUGUCCAAGUGCUUUUCAGAUCUACACUUAGCCAGGUCUGGCCACAUGGAUGAAAAGGUGAAGCUAGUGAGGGCAUUGAAAAAGACUGUCUCUGAUAACUACAGGGACUUCUGCGGGGACGAGCAGCAGGAUGCACAUGAAUUUCUGAGUGUCCUGCUGUCUCAACUCAAGGAGGAGUCAGAGUCCCUGAAGAGGAGACUUGCCCUCGGUUCGUACUCCUGCCCAGUAGAAUCAAAUUUUGAUUUCCGGGUGCAGGUAGUACGAACCUGCUGCAGGUGUGGAGCACAGGUCUGUGGGACAGAAUUUUACAGCAAUCUGUCCCUAGACCUGGUUCCUCAAGGCAACCUACAGGACAGCCUUAAACAGUAUUUUAAGGUGACCAAGGUUGACUGUAGGUGCCCGAAGUGCCCUGGACAGCAGGCCACCGUUCAGACCAGGCUGCUGUCCCUGCCUCGGGUACUUGUCCUGCAGCUUAAGAGGUUCACCAUGACCUCCAGCUGGACCCUCCAGAAGCUGGAGAGUAAAGUGGCCAUCCCGCCGGAGCUCUCCCUGCACCCGCACUGUGCUCUGAAAGUAGAGACACCUCAGGAGCCAGUCGGGACAGGAAGCCAAAGCAGUGGCAUAGAAACGAUGAGUGAAGAGGAGCAGGUUGAGCUGGCCAUCAAGCUCAGCAUGGAGGCCUCCUCCCCUUCUUCAGCAGAGACUCAGAGCCAGGUGGGACAGGGAGAGAGAAAAGGAGCCAAUCAGGGUCAUCGCUACAAACUAAGGAGCAUCCUGUCCCACCUUGGACGGAGCACAACCUGUGGUCACUACGUCUGUGAUGGCCACAAUGGUGACAGCUGGCUCACCUUUGAUGACCACGUGGUGCAACGGAGCUCCCAGGACUCCGUUUUACAGCUGAGGGAGAGGAGUGCCUACCUCCUCUUCUAUGUAUACAGGUAG